AAGACGCCGGUAUCGCGAGAGAACGUGGUGCAUGUGAUAUGCGCGACGACGACGCAGGGCAACAACAAAAACAAAAAUCGUCUGAUGAACUGGGAUCAUGGGGGAGAGAAUAAUGAACAAUUCUUCCCUUAUUGCCUGCGUCGAUGGCUUGGUCUUACCAUGCUGGAGGCCUCUCGAAAACGUCAGCGCCUUCGACAAGUUCGGACGCGGACUCAUCUACUUCACUGCUCUCGUCUAUCUCUUCAUCGGAGUUUCUAUUAUAUCCGAUCGUUUCAUGGCCGCAAUAGAAGUUAUUACGUCUCAAGAGCGGGAAGUGUCCGUAAGAAAGCCAAACGGAGAAAGGCAUAUCGUUGUGGUGAGGGUGUGGAACGAGACGGUGGCCAAUUUAACUCUCAUGGCUCUUGGAUCCAGCGCUCCGGAGAUUCUGCUCUCCGUCAUCGAAAUAUGGGCUAAAGACUUUAACGCUGGUGACCUCGGUCCGGGCACAAUUGUCGGAUCCGCUGCCUACAAUCUUUUCGUUAUCAUCGCCAUUUGUGUGUCAGUUAUUCCCAAUGGCGAAACGAGAAGGAUCAAGCACUUGAACGUUUUCUUCGUGACGGCAAUAUGGUCCGUGUUCGCCUACGUGUGGCUCUACUUAAUCCUGGCCGUUAUAUCACCGGAGGAGGUGGAAGUGUGGGAGGGAAUAUUGACAUUUCUUUUCUUCCCAGCUACUGUAUUAACUGCUUACGCAGCCGACCGAAAGAUGUACAAAUACAUAAAGAAAAGCUACCGGAUGAACGUACGCGGGGUGAUUGUUCAAGCCGAAGGAAUGGACUCUAUGGAAAUGGGCCAGACCGAAAUCGAAUUGGACGACGCUCACGAGGACGCAAAACAAGAAUACGUUACGAUAUUAAAAGACUUAAGAAAGCAAAAUCCUCAUGCCGACUUGGACGCUUUGGAGCGCAUGGCUCAUGAACUUUUAUUGAACAAAGGGCCUAAAUCUAGAGCGUUCUAUCGUAUCCAAGCCACACGAAGACUAAUGGGAAGUGGCGAUCUUCUGCGAAGAAUCUCAGAACGCGCUCAGAGUGACUUAAGCGAAGUCAAGGCGGAAUUGCAACGAGAAUCAGGAGCUUCCGAGUAUACAACCGGUUCGGGAUGUAAAGUUUGCUUUGAUCCAAGUAAAUACACCGUACUGGAGAGCUGCGGCAGGUUCGAUGUGCGUGUCGUUCGAACAGGAGAUGUAGACACCCCUUUGACAGUACAAUAUGCUACCGAAGAUGGCACAGCCACAGCCAACAGCGAUUAUGUUCCUGCAAAAGGAACACUUCAUUUUGCUUCCGGCGAGAAAGAAAAACAGAUCACGCUUGAAGUAAUCGACGACGACGUUUUUGAAGCGGACGAACAUUUUUACAUACGACUUAGCAACUCGCAACCCCCUGGGGCGUUAGCUACUCCAACCCUUGCAACCGUCAUUAUAUUGGAUGAUGAUCAUGGUGGGAUCUUCAAGUUUGCCAAUCGCGAUCACGAGCUUGUCGAAAGUGUCGGGACUUACGAAUUAAAGGUUAUUCGCACUUCCGGAGCCCGGGGAAGAGUUAUACUUCCCUAUUGGACUGAAGAUGGUACCGCUAAAAAAGGAAAGGAAUACGAAGCGGCUGAAGGAGAAAUAAUCUUCGAAAACAACGAAUCAGAGAAAUCUAUUCUAUUGACUAUUAUAGAAGAAGACAGUUACGAAAAGGAUGUACUGUUUUAUGUACAAUUGGGUGAGCCGCAGAUGUCCGGGGAUGACGAGAUAGCUAGUCUAGCGGCGGAGGCGGAAAAGAAAAGACCGGAGGAGAGAACGGACCAGGAAAAGAUUGCCAUCAUGGGAAAACCACAGCUAGGAGAAAUCACGAGGGCCCAGAUUAGGAUAAAAGAGAGUAAAGAAUUCAAGAAUACCGUAGAUAAAUUAGUUCAACGAGCAAACGCCUCUUUACUAAUCGGCACGUCGUCAUGGAAAGAACAAUUCAUAGAAGCCGUUACUGUUAGUCCAAGCGACGAAGAUGAAGCUAAAGCUCCGUCCUGUUUUGAUUAUUUUAUGCAUUCUCUCACCCUCUUUUGGAAGAUUAUUUUUGCUUUUGUUCCCCCUACAGAUCUGUUUCGAGGCUACCUGUGCUUCGUGAUUUCAAUAUUUUGCAUUGGUGUUGUAACAGCUGUCAUAGGUGAUGUUGCAUCACAUUUCGGCGCCACGUUGGGCAUUUUAGAUGGAGUUACAGCAAUAUGUUUCGUUGCCUUAGGCACAAGCAUACCAGACACUUUUGCCAGUAAAGUUGCAGCGAUCCAGGAUCAACACGCUGAUGCUAGUAUUGGCAACGUUACAGGAAGUAACGCAGUUAAUGUGUUCCUUGGCAUCGGCGUAGCGUGGUCUAUCGCAGCCAUAUAUCACAACGUUCAUGGCAAUAAGUUUCACGUUGAUCCCGGAAACUUAGCGUUUUCCGUGACAAUCUUUUGUUCGGAAGCAGCAAUUACAAUAGCGGUGUUGGUGGUACGCAGGUCGAAGUUCAUAGGAGGAGAAUUAGGUGGUCCUGUCGUUGCGAAAUAUUUAACGUCGGCGUUUCUGUUUUCACUCUGGGUUUUUUAUCUCAUCAUGUCGACACUGGAAGCAUAUCACAUCAUCAAGGGCUUUUAAGCGAAAAAAAGCUCCCGUCUGCACACUAGCGGUUUUUAAUUAGAGGAUAAUAAACUUUUGUCGGCCCACUACUGUAUGUAGCUUCGGGCUGUCAUACGUACACACAUUUAUUUAUGGUAAUUUUGACAAAAAAGUCCAUGCAAUAUUAAGCAUGAACUGUAUCCAUAAAAAGUUACUCAUUUCUGAAUUCAUUUUUUAAUAAAUGUAAUUAUUAAAUUAAAUUAAUAGUCACGAAAACAAACACUUUUAUUAUCACUACAAUAAUAGUUAUUUUCUCCACCCAGUGACUUAUAAAUAAUAUUGAUAUCGAUGUAGAAAAAUAUAAUUAUUGUUUUGACAAUUAAUAAUACCUAGUUGUACUUGUUUUUGGAGUUGUUGUUCUUCUUAGAAAUUAGACACAUAAUUAUGCUUAGAAUUUAGUAUUUACUUCACUAUUUAUUGUUUAAACGGCCGACGUAUGCUGAACUAAAGUAAGUGUUGACCCACACUAUCCGGUUUCACUUGAUUGUGAGAUUUUCGACUGGACCGGUUGUACUGCAACAAUGAAAGGCGCCUAGACUUACUAUCUAUUCCCUCUAUGCAUACAUGCCAAAGUGAUAUAACGUCCAAAUGUAAUUGUAUUAAUUUAUGUGCGUAUGUAGAAAUGGAAAAAUCGCUAAACAGGUGGUUUUGUCAAUGCGCAACCCAAGGCGAUGGUUCAUGUCAUUCUAAAUUACCUAUACCUACAAUUGUAUUACAGAGAUACAGAAUCGAGUGAAAAAGUUUUACGUGAAAAUUCGCUAACAUUGUGGAUAUUAUCGGAUGUCAAUAACAAUACUGUAUACUACCCAGAUCGGAGAUUUAUUUUCAAUUACUUUGAAGGAGCGUAUGUUGUCAUCACACCGCGAGGACUCUCAGGCGAAAACGCGCAGUGUGGACCAUCACUAAUAAAACCGCUACUGUGCAGCAAUUUUUAUUUCGCCUCAGUUUAAGUUUUUUUUUCUCUUCUGUUUUUAUAUUUCUAACGAGCAGUGUUCAGUAGAAUGUAAGUGUUUUAAAAAUUUAACCAAAAACAUUUGUUUUUAUUUGUUGUUUCGUUCGUUUAAGUAACUGUGUAAAUAUAAUUGUCGUACUUAAUUUUAUUACAUGUAGAUAUAACUUAAUGAGAAAGUUAUGUCGAUUAGGCAUAGUAUUUUGUUUUUUUACAGUUUUGCAGACUAAAAAUAUAUUUAUUUCAAUUUGCUAUACUACGGUAUAAUUGUUUAUGUCAAAGCGUGUGAUAGUUUAUAUAUUAAAAAUAAUGUUAACGAAGUUUCCAUGUAAAAGAUUGUUGUUGAAUUUUGAAUAUUCCAACGCUCUCCGCUUUUAAAAUUAAAAGGAAAGAUAUUCUUAAACAAUAUCCCAUUAAUUCCAUGCACACACCUAAGCACUUAAUGUUAGUGCAAAAUACAUAGGAAAGAGGUUAAGUGUGUUUUUGUAAAUACAUGUAGGUAUUAUAUUUUUAAUUUGUUGUUAUUUUUUAACGGAACGUGUUAAAAUA